ACAUAUUAUAGAUUCAAGUUGUGUUUCAGGCGGUGUAAAUGAGCCAUGGCGGUUAAACAAGCAAGGGAAGCAAUCAUUGUGUCACAAAAAUGUAAUUAAUGGAUAUUCAGUUGAAGUUGAAAACACAACAAAUAAUUUAACAGGGUUAUUGUGUAAGGGAAGAAACUACGUCUUUCAGUAAUAUGAGAAGAAACGGAGUUGUAACUCUUCGGAGGCUCUACAAAGACAUUUUCUCUCGGAAGUUAUUUUGUCGGGGACAAAGUACAGCGAACAGUGCACAACCGACAGGGCCUCUUACAGGAACAAGGGUCCUCGACCUUAGCAGAGUGUUGGCGGGUCCCUACUGUUCAAUGAUUUUAGGGGAUCUCGGAGCAGAAGUUAUCAAAGUCGAGAAGCCCGGGGCUGGUGAUGACACUCGUUCCUGGGGUCCGCCAUUCUGUGGCCAAGAGAGCGCGUACUUCCUGUCUGUCAACAGAAACAAGAAGAGCAUAUGUGUUGACUUGAAGACCAAAGAAGGCCAGGAUCUUGUUCGAAAGCUCGCCAUAAAGAGCGAUGUUCUUCUGGAGAAUUACAUUCCGGGUAAACUGUCAGAGAUGGGCCUCGGGUAUGAACAGCUGGCUGAGAUAGCGCCGGGCCUCAUCUACUGUUCUAUCACUGGAUAUGGUCAGACGGGCCCGGAUGCUAAACGUGCCGGAUAUGACGUCAUAGUUGCGGCCACUGGCGGUCUAACACAUAUCACCGGACCAGAGGAUGGCGAACCGUGUAAAGUGGGCGUGGCUAUGACUGAUCUGUCCACGGGUCUGUACGCAUACGGAUCCAUCCUGGCCGCUCUGCUCCAUAAAGGAAAAUCGGGCAAGGGGCAACAUAUUGACUGUAAUCUACUCUCAACACAGGUGGCCUCGCUGGUAAACAUUGCCAGUAACUACCUGAACGCCGGACAGGAAGCGAAACGCUGGGGCACCGCGCAUGCCAGUAUCGUGCCAUAUCAGGCGUUUCCUACCGCGGACGGUUACAUAAUGGCUGGUGCCGGAAAUGAUCGCCAGUUUGUUACCCUUUGUAAGCGAAUUGGCUUAUCGGACCUCGCGGACCACCCAGACUAUAAGACUAACAAACUGAGAGUUGCAAAUAGAGCGAACUUAUUAGAGAAGUUCUCAAACAAAAUACGAUCUAAAUCUACCCUGGAAUGGUUGGAUGUCUUGGAGGGCUCAGGAAUCCCAUAUGGUCCAAUAAAUAACAUGCAACAAGUCUUCUCUGAUCCGCAGGUCAUAAAUAACCGUAUGAUCCAGGAAAUGAGCCACCCAACAGCAGGAACCGUCAGAGUUGCUGGUCCUGCCGUGCGGUUUAGCGAGACUCCAACAGUAUUAAACCAUUCCCCACCCACCCUUGGUCAACACACAGACGAGGUUCUGAGUGGAGUCUUACAGAUGAACGAAGAGGAAAUAGCCAAACUACACAGAGAUGGAGUCAUUACAUAGCAUAUUAUGCUUCCUGAACACUUAUAUUAUUAAUCGGACAUCUUAUCGAGUGUCUUUAUUUUAUUAUGUUUGUUUGGCAUUCUGCGUUGCAAAUUUUUGAUUUGAGAACAAAAACAAAUAGUCGGACUACGCUCGGUGUUCGUGAUAACAUGAUGUUUUUGCAAUAUUUCGACAUCAACACUGAUUAACACUCAGUGCUGAUGAUUUAUUUUGGUAGUGCCUUUCAAAUGUGUCGUCAGCUGAUAAACCUUUGAUUUUAAACUCAUCAUAUUAGUACAACGAUCGUGAAAUUAGUCCUGGCAAUAUCCUAUUUACCUAAUUCGUUGUCACCAUGUUACGUAAAGGUAUCGUCUGUUUAUUAAGAAAACAAUGCGAUUUCCAACUGUUUGUCUGAAAGUGUUGAAACGAUCAUGACGUAGUUUUAGUAGUUUAAGGUCAUUUUUGUGACUUCCUCUGAAAGUUACGUAGAGGUUAUGGCGUACUUUUCCAAGUACUCAUGGAAUCAGACCAUAGUUUUUUACUGUAUGCAUGUUAAAUAUCUGACGUCGUGAUCAUAUGGUUAUAUCUCCAUGAAAUAAUUAAUAAAGUA